GUAUGUCAUGUAGUCAGCACUCUAACUUCUCGUCCUCUCCUUUUCGUAAGCAUGUGGGAUAGACACCAAGGUAUCCAAGGCCCCCAUCAUGCAAUACAUCCAUCCAAUGCAAUCAUGCCAAUUUCGUUCAUCUCACCUCACCACCUUAUUUCCCAAAACAUGUUCUCACCACGAACAACGCAUCGUAUCGUAAUCUCGAUUAUUCAAUAUUGCAUCUACGCAGCUUCCUACUUGCAUUCGUAUUCCAGCAGAAUGGCUUACAAUAAAUGUUCCAAAAGUCAAGGAAAUAUCAAGAUUAUAGUCUGAGACAUGUACAGAAAUCGAGAUGAGACCAAAGAGGGGCGAGUAGAACACCAACGCCAGAACAUUUAUCCACCACCACCACCACCACCACCACCACCACCAUUGUUAUUACAUAUCAUGUGAAGGCCAAAAUAAAAUGGAAGGGGCCGUCGACGGAUCAAGUAAAAUUAUCCCCCUCUCAAAAUCCUAAUUGAUCCUUCUUCCUUCAAAGAGCCGUGUCGAACUCGGCCCGGCAACUUCGGUAAUAAGCUGCUGUUGUGGUUCUGAUAUGAUGAUCGCCCCCUUCUCGCUUCCCGGCUGCGAGGCUGACUCUACUCUGCUCUCUCUCUGCCUCAGGUGCCAGUGUAUGCGUGCACGUGAUAUCUAUCUUUAAGUCUGGUCUUUGAUGGUUACAUACCUAGGUAUGUAGUUAGUUAGUCAUGCGGGACCCCUUAGUAAAUGCCCAAACAUGUCGUGUGCACGCGCAUGCUGCGUGCAACAAGUGACUGACUGACUGACUGACCGACUGAAUAUAACCACAUGAGCAUAUCAUCAGUCGCUGCUGUGCACAUGGAUCUAGGGCGUCUAUGUGUUGCUAUGUGUAUGUCUACGUGUGUAAGCGGAAGCGCUACCGUUUGUAGAACUUGUUCCCUUUUCGCAAAAGCCAUGUUCCCUCAUGGCUUCUCAUGAAUGUCUACAUACAUACAUACAUAUGUACUCAGCGUACUUGCAGUCGUCGGUCCAUGUUCUACCGCGUGCCCACCCCGCUGCGUUCGUUCGCUUCGUUGAACCAACCUUAAGCUUCGCCAUCCGCCUUAUCUGUGUAACCACACUUUUUUUUCUCCUCCUUUGCCUUUCCCUUUCCCCCGCAAUAUAAAAUAUACGCCACCUACCUCUCUGUCCACAUCCACGUCCCCAUCCACGUUGAUGUAUGUAUGCGCAUGUGCUCGUAAAUGGCCAC